UUAUCUAUUUAUAACUUUAACAAAAUGUCCGUCUUUCUGAACGCGAGUGUGAAUAGCGAUCCGGAGAUUAUCUAUCAGACCAUAUCUUCGACAGCGUCUGCAAUAAAAGAGGAGCAAUCGGAGCGUCUGCACGAUCGCAUCUCACAGGAACAGCUGGAGAAGCUGCACGCAAGUUUUGAACAGUUUGAGGAUCAAGAGGUCGGGUUUGAUGAUCUGCGAAACAUGCUCGAGGAUGUGGACAUAGUGCUGAGCGAUUUUGUUUACACACGGUUGUUUCUUAAGAUAAAUCAGAAUCGCGACUUUUUGGUGGACUGGAACGAGUUUGUUUCGUAUUUGAUAUUCGGGUUUCAGGAGGAGGAUCCUAGCAGUCAAAAGGAGUCCCUAAUACUGCCAAUAUCGACGCAGCCCAUCAUUCGCAAGACAGAACAUCGUUCAGCCGUCUGCUGUUUGGCGCUUUUAAAGGUAAAAUCGGAUCAAAUACAUCCCGAUGAGGACACGGGCGAGACUAUUAACAUUAGCUUUGGUGGCGAAGAUUCGCCAGAGGCCUCUGGGAUGUGGAUUACGGCUAGCCACGAGGGCCAAAUACGGUUCUGGACUCCCCACAUGGAGCCCAUACGUUCUGCCUAUUCGGAGAGCUUACAUCUAAAGGUACCCACGUGGAUUCUGGCCGUGCAGGCACUCUCCGAUGUCAGCAUUGUUUGCACCUCUUCGACAGAGCGGGAGUUGCGCUUUCACGAAACCAUCGCAUCGACCUUUACACUUCGGAUUGUCAUCCGUAGUCUUCCACACGCCGUCUAUUGCAUGAGUUAUAGUUUUUAUACGAAUGGCAAGGCGGAGUCGAAGCUGGUGCUCGGCGAUUAUGCGGGGAACGUACGCAUUUUGUCCUUCACACCGCAUUUGCGGGGACCCUUCCAGGCCAAGCCGGGUGCUGCACUCAUUGAGGUCGUCUGGGCGGAUAUCUUGAAAGGUAAGAUUCCGCAGUUCAAGCCGCGGGAAUACAUUAAUCUGCACAGCGAGAUGAUUUCCUGCCUCUACUAUUCGUUGGAAAUGAAUGCUCUAUUCGCCUCCGCCGAGUACCGCAAUACAAAGAAAUAUCGCGGUCGUUGUCCGGCUCUGAUAAUGACGUCCUCCGAUGAUCGCAGCAACUUUCGCAUUCCCCUGGGCGUCACCACAUUUUUUGUGGAUGAACGCCAUAACAUUGUGGUUACGGGGGGGCCGGACACCUUUGUGCGGAUCUGGGAUGUUUACAUUACAUCGGAACCGUCGGGCAUACUGACGGGCCACAAUGGAGGAAUCGUCAUGGUUUUUGUGCAGCCCGAGGAAAAGAAGGUCUACAGCGUGGACUACCAUAAGAUCAUCAAGGUGUGGGAUCUGCAGGAGCACACCUUGCUGCAGACAUAUGGCGACCUGGUGCGCCUGAUACACCACACCGAAACCGAUCUCGUCUACUACUAUCACUCGCACUUGCGCGAGCUAAUGGUGGGAGGUCGGAAGCUAAUCUCUGUUAAGUGCUGUCCGAGGGUGCGGGUCGACCUUACAGACGGCAACACGCAUGCGCAACCGGUCUCAGUAGUGCUGUAUAAUCGGCUGUUUCGAAAUAUCGUUACCUGUGGCUUGGACAGCUAUAUCAUCGUGUGGGAUCCUUGGACGGGACGUCGCAAGAUCAUCAUGAAGAGCUGUCACACAAAAAUGAUUUACGGCGAGACUAUAGACAUUGAGAUUACGGCCGCCUGCUUUGAUCCGCUCGAGCAGUUCCUGCUGACGGGAGCGCGGGACGGUUCGCUCAAAAUUUGGAACUACAAUAAUGCGGUGGUGGUGCGUAAUAUGUGCAUACAACCAGAUCAAGAAGUGACGGCGGUUAUAUGGGUUGUAGAACGCAUUUUGGCGAUGGGUUGGGAUCGCCAAGUGACCGAGUUUAAUGACGUCGAGGGCCGGGAAUAUGGUGAUCCCAAGAAAUGGGCCAAAUUCCACACAGACGACAUUACUUGCGGGGCCGUAAAGCUGGGGGAAGGUGUCGUCACAGCCACCUAUUCGGGCGAAAUCAUAUUUUGGAAGCUGGAAACGGGCCAGCCUUACAGACGUUACAGUGUUAUGGACCCCACGCGUUUCAUUGAGCUGAAAUUGAGCAAAGAGGAGGACAAGGCUAUGAAGCGUGCGAAAAGACUGCAAGCGCGUCAAACGACCCACUCGGAGAAUCGCUACACCGUGACCUCCACACGCAACACAAUUCACAGUACCAGGUCCACAACUAAGGUGGAAGACCCCAAGUAUAACAUUUCAACCGCACCAAUAUCCGUACAGGCCGUGCUAUUUCUGCAGAACCGUCCCAUGACUAAGGUGCAUGGCAGUGUCCUUGUUUCGCUGGAUACUGGAUUUAUUCAGGUAUACUCCCAUCACCAGCGCGGUGGCUAUCUCAAGGAGUUCUUUGCCGUCCAUAAAACUGGCGAUUGUGUGCUGACAAUGUGCACUGAUCGAAAAAAUCGCUUUCUGUACACCGGUACUGCAUUUGGAUACAUUAAGGUUUGGUACAUCGUUAACUUUUGCGUGCCCGACUCGGAAAGGCAGUAUGUGUGUAUGCCUAGAUUGAGGCUGGAGUUCAUUUUUCUAAGAAAGGAGCUUUUCCUGACGCGGGCGAAGCGCGUGGUGCGGAAUCAGCCAGAGCCUCUGCUGGUGAGUUCCCUAAAAGGACAUCUGAAGGCCAUCAAUUCGAUUGCAUUCAUCAAUUUGCCGAAAAUCAUACUAACUGGUAGUCACGACUAUUCCUGUCGUUUGUGGACGCAGGGCGGACGCUAUUUGGGGACUCUGGGUACGGUGCUGCCUUGGUCGAGACUGUCGCCCUUCGAGAAAGCUGGACAGGACAAUCAUGUCUAUAGGCUGCCUCCCGACAUCAAAAAGGUGGCCAGCUCGACGACACUGAAGGUUAUAUCGGGAAUACAAGUAGAUCGGGUUAAGAUGACGGAACGGGCCGCCAAAACGGCGGAAGAGAAGGAAGAAGAAGCCGCACAGGCGGCUGAUGAGGGCACAGACCUGAAGAGUCUGUUUGAAAAACCGCUGCGCGAACCCAUACUUGGCAAAUACUUCGCCCUACCGGGUCGUAGUGCUGUGGAGCAGCACGUCGAGUUGGACACUACACAGUCGUACAUACCGGUCUACUCGCACCUGAAAGUACACCCCUCCGAGGAGUUGGAGAGGCCGCCAACACCACGGGCCAUCAAAGCCGUACAGGCUGAAAACUAUUUGGAGUUUUAUUUGCCCGUUGAGGGCAAAGUCGAUCCCAAUACAUCGGCUAUAAAUAUAAAAGAGCCAAAGCCACGACGCUCACUCGAAAAGGAUAAGGAACGUACGCGUGAAGUGCGCUAUUCGGACAGUCAUAACUCGCAGAAUGAGCCGUAAACGUGCUUUGAUUUAUUUAUCACAAAAUGUUAAAACUCAUCAGCUGCUUUGUUAACAAGUUACCAAAAUAUUUGCUUAAAUUAAAGUGAAGUUACAGGA